AUGUGGCCAUUUACAUCUUCUAAUGAUAGAGAUACAUCAGAAUUAACUAAUCAACUACCUAAUAAUUUAAAGGAAUUUUUUGAUGAAGUAAACCCUGAACAAAAUCAUGAAUCAAUCUUUGAAGUAUCACCUCAACAAGCAAGAGUCAAUGAAGUUUUACUAAGGACUGAAAAGGCUAAUCAUGGCAAGUAUGAUGAUGUCUUGUCCAAAUAUAAAUUGACAGAAAAGCCGAAGAAAGUAUGCUCAAUAAAUUGUUCUGAAAUAAAUCAACAAGUUAUGACAUGUUUCAAAAACUUUAAUUAUGCUAGCUUUGAAACUCCCUGUACCAAAGAAAUAAAAGCUACAACUACUUGUAUAGAAUUACAAAAGAAAGCUUUAAAGAAGUUACAUUAUGACCAAUGUAUUAGCAUCAAGCAAUGUGAUCAAAUAAGAUAUGUAAUAGAUAAAUUGUUUACAGAAAAUUUUGGCCAAUACGGAGAUAAUGUCAAUGAAGAGACUAGUCAUAAAUUUAAUAACGACUUAGAUAAAGUCUUCUGGAAAGUAUGGAGAUGA